AUGGUACGAUAUCGAUCUUGCAAGCAUAUAUUAUUGCACAAUCAGUUAAAACUUCUAAAGUUACCAUCUAAAUCAUUUCAUGGCAUUCGUGGAUACAAAAGUCUUGCUUAUGGUAAUUCUGAACCUGAAAAUCUUACCCAAUCAACUAAAAUAAACGACGAUGAGAGACAUGGUGCCCUGCCACAAACUUAUUUCCACACACUUUUAAGCCAGAAAAUUUCCUACAUUGAUCCAGAGCUUGCCAAUAUAGAGUUUUCCAAACUCUUGCAAUCACACAAUAUUACCGCUUUCGUUACCCUUUUCCAUCUUCUUCUGUCUCGCUAUCCCCAUUUCCGACUACCUAACCAGACAUGGUCAAUUUUCAUGUCUCAAGUUUGCACCAUGGCUCACUACUCUGGUGCAUGUAUGGUAUACCACGAACUCAUUGACAACCACGUAUACUAUUCUUCAGAAAAAUAUGCCAUUGACAGAUUCAAUCCCCACGUUCCAUUUCUAGUGAGCUGCGAAACACUCGAAGCCCUCGCUUCGAUAUACGUCCAAAAUAAAGAUGUUGAUCGAAUACAGGGUCUCUUACAAUACUUCAAGCGGUUUUACUCUUACUACUCGCACAACAAUACAUACAAAGCGUUGCGCAUUUGCAUUGUUGAAGCAUCGGCUCAGGUUAAUCAUCUUGCUCAAACCUUGAAGUUGUUUCGGGAUCUUGCUUUUGCCUUCCGUGGACACAGAAACAUCAGAAGCUUUAAAAAACAGAAAGAAAUUUCUGCAAUUACAUCUUUUGCACAAUUCAGAGCGAGAAGAGAGGCAAUAAGAGAAAAUAUAUCUCACGACAUCUCCUUGCCGGAAGAUUUCAAGACGGAAUUUGAGAACGAUGAAGAUACUAUUUGCCGAGAAAUGGACAUUGUGCCAUUCACUGCUAGUGAGGAACGCAACAUUCAUUCCUUUACUGAACGCAACUCUUUGAUCGACGGGAAAAUUUUGGUUGCGGAUAUGCCAAAUCUAUACGAGCUUGUUAGGACUCAGGUUUCGACAGUUUUUCUGUCAGGUGGCUUGGACCGCAUAUCUGCAUUGAUAACCCUUAUCCGGGCCAGUCACUUUCGUUUGAAUGCAUUUGUGAUUGCUGCUCUUUGUGAACUAGGUAAAACAUCUGAAGCUGUUUUGUUGAUUCAGCAAUUGCUUCAAGACUUCCCCAAAACUAUGCCUCAAGUUCUAGUUGAUCUGCAAACUUUCCUGUUGAUCAUGAAGGCUUGCUGGAACAAAAGCAUGCAAGAUAUUACUCCUCGAGAAGAUAAAGAUCUUCAAUUUAGAUUAUCAGAAGCAAUGCUCUGUUACCGUCAGGUUCUGUCUACACAUACCGUUUUCAAACCUCAAGAGGAUAUAGUCGCCCACUUUUUAUCCGCAAUGCUCAACUGCAAUUCGGUAACCAAAGAUCAAUUAUUUCAUCACUUGGAGUUGUUGGCGCGAGAUGAUAUUUCAGGCUUACAAGUAAGAUUGAAUACGGAAACUUACAGAAAAUUUCGGUCAAUUUUUCACUCAGAAUAUCCCUGGAUUGUUGAGCAAGCCAUUACAUAG